AUGAGCGAAGAGAACGCUUUGCAGGAGGCAUCUGAGGAUUCCUCAGUUGCGGUUCUUCCGAAUCCCAAUCAAAAGGUGCCACCACCAACAGCGGCUGGCCGCCCACCCACGUCUUUGCUUUUCUCGCGCGGUAAUUUAAUCAGCAGCCGUAUUGGAAGCGAUAAAACUGCUUUAGCUCGUCCAUCGACAGCCGUACGUGGUGUUGGCUAUGAAGGAAAUAGCACAAGCACGGCUGGUUUUGAUCAGUUCUUCGUGGAGAAGGCUAAACAGCAAGCCUUGUCAUCAGCCAAUGCUGCGGUAGAAGCUACCAAAGAAAUCAGUCCACAGAUGAAAUAUAAAAAUUUAGAAGGCAAAAUAACAAAACUGCUGGAGUCCUCAGUGCUUUUGUCAGCUCGCGCUCUUUCUCGCACAAAAAUUGCGAACGAAAGCGACGUCGGUCACGGACAAGCAGCAUUGCCCGCUGAAGUAAAGGCAUCGUUGGCUGAGGGCUUGAAUAAAGCUAAGGAGGCCUUUUCUUUAGAUCGUACCUUACAUCGAUUUCGGGAUCAACACGGAGAAAAUAUAUUUCACAAUUUCGAUUUAACAUAUGCGGUUUUCUUUAAUCUUGCGGAGCAGUAUGAACGCAAUGACAUGAAUAUUGAAGCGCUCAACACGUACAGCAUUAUGACAAAAAACAAAAUGUUUCCGCAUGUGAAUCAAUUAAAGCUGAAUAUGGGAAACAUUUAUUAUCGUAUGGGUAUCUACCCCAAGGCUAUUAAAAUGUAUCGCAUGGCCCUCGAUUCGGUGCCGAGCAAUUUAAAGCAAUUACGUCUGAAAAUAACGCAGAAUAUCGGUUUACUGUUUGUGCGAAUGGGCCAAUAUGCCGAUGCGGCGGCCAGCUUUGAGUUCAUCAUGUCUGAACGGGGAGAUAUCCGCAGUGGAAUACAUUUAAUACUUUGCUAUUACGCGAUGGGAGAUGUUGAUAAAAUAAAACAUACAUUCAGAAAUUUAUGUGAUAUACAACCGACUGAGGCCGAAAAGGAUUUGGAAAAUGAAAGCAGCAUUAUUAAAUUGCAGCAGCAUAUUGCAAGCGAACAACAACAUCAAAGCACACAACUCAACUCGUCUAAAAGAUUUUCGCAGCAGCAGCAAUAUCAGCAGAAUGAAUGUGAACAAACGACGACAGCGGAAAUAGAGGUUAUCGACGGCGAAAAUGCCGGUGCACUAGGUGAAGAGUUCGCCAUGAAUGCAAUUGAUACGAAUCGCAAUGGCAACUGUGUCAGUGGUUUUGAGCAAAGGCCGAAAACGGGUUUAAAGACUGCUGCGAAUCGUAAUAAUUACAUUUUGCAAACGCUUAAAUCCGAUGAGCUGGCGAUUUACGUCAAGCAACGCAAGAUUACUGAAAAGCGAGCCAUAACUAUGAUUGUCGAUUUAAUUUCGCCAAUUAUUGAGGAGAACUACAAUGACGGAUACAAUUGGUGUAUUGAGGUCAUUAAAACGUCCCAUUUAGCGUGGCUAGCCAGUGAAUUGGAAUUGAAUAAAGCCCUGGUAUAUCUACGUCAAAAUGAUGUCAAUCAGGCGAUUGAGACUUUGCAGAUGUACGACCGUAAAAGUGAGGGUUCAAUGACAGCAAGUGCUUUAACUAAUCUAAUAUUCAUUUAUAUAAAUAUGGACAACCUGGAUAUGGCUACGCACUGUGUAAGCCAGCUAAAUGAGAUCGGAGCGUUGCAAACGAAUGCAAUGGCUCUCGUCAAUGCCAGCAUUAUCGAUUAUCGUAAACAGAAUUACACUGCAGCACGUAAUAAGUUGGAGAGAGCGCUACAAAUACAACCCGACAAUUUUGAGGCUAAUUACAAUUUAGGUCUUGUGGCGUUACAGGAGAAUGAUUUGGCCGUGGCCGAGGAGCAAUUUGAGCAUUUAAAGGCCGAGUUAAUGGUGCCACAUUCCGUACAGCAUAGUCACGUUUAUUAUCAGCUGGCCAAACUGCAAGAGAAAUUGCAUGCUUCGUCCGUUGCAGGUCCUAGCUAUAGACUUAAUAGCUCCUCCGCUGCCCUUCAAUUAUACUUACAAGUGUUGGGGAUAUCGGCGGGUGAGAUUGAUUCGCGUUUUUAUGAAAAAGUUGGCUCCAUAUACGAACAACUAAACGAUCAUCAGGAGGCCAAUCAAUAUUACAAUGAAGCCUAUCGUAUUAAUCCCAGUGAUAUUAAUAUCGCCAGUUCGAUUGGCUCGUAUUAUAUCAAAUUGCAAGCAAUUGAAAAGGCUUUGUAUUACUACGAGCGAGCAGUUUUAGCCGACCCAAAUGAUCCAAAUUUAAUGCUACGUGUAGCCAGCUGUUAUCGCAACUCCUAUUUACCACCCAAGCAGUAUUUACGUAUGUUUGAAAACAUUUAUUCACUCUUUCCCGAAAACGUGAACUGUGUUCGAGCGUUACUUCAAGUAACCAAAAGCUUAGGAAUGACCGAACUGACUGAAAAAUAUACUCAAGAAUUGACACGACUUCAGAAAGCGCAAAUGGAACGCGAAAAUGAACAGCGUUAUCAGCAGCAACGUCUCUCAUCCGCGCCUUCAAGUCGUCUGGGCAGCAGUAAAUUGAAAGUUCGUAACCAAAUUGAAAACAAUCCGUACUUCCUGACAAAUGCGGAUAAUGAUAGUAUUUCGAGUGCGAUAACCUCCAAAUUUAAGGGCGAUCAUUAUGAACGUAUUGUUGAACCAAUGCUCACAAUUGCUCAGCAUACGGAUCCUUUAGGUCCACCGCCGCAAUUUGAGCGGCCUCGUACGGGCAUGCAUAGUACCGAAUUAAGCCAAGAAUCAGACGAGGAAGAAAUAAACGCUGAAAGUCUAUUACCAUUGUAA